CACAAUAUUAAUUGUCAUGACUAAUUACAAUUCAGUCAUUCCUUAAUGAGAGGAAAAUUCCCAGAAAGAUAAUUAUUUACUGAAUUAAAAAUGUAAACAUGCAUUCUCUUUCUCUGAAAAAACAUAAUCCACCAAAGUUCGUGAAACAAAAAGUCUGCUGUAGGACAUUUUAAAGUGAAAUUGUGAUUUAAUCGUAGUUUUCAAUCAAUAAUAUUACCUCCUAACGAUUUAGCCUACUAUACUAGUAUUUCGCGGUUGAAGCGUAGGAAUGGUGAGAGCUCUACAUAUACUCAUCACUCUCUUGCUAUUCCUUUCCACACCAUCCGAUGCACUCAUCCAAAUCACCACUCGCCUCAUCCACCACGACUCGCGGUUCUCUCCGCUCUACGACGCCGCCGCGACUGCCGCCGACCGAGCAGAGAGAUCGGUGCGAGCUUCCCUCGCCCGCCUCCAGCUGGCGUCGUCCCUGUCAUCAACGAGGUCGGAUGAAGAUCAGGGCGCAGCAGGGAAUAAUGAUAAUAUUGAGGCCCCACUGGUUCUGGCCGUCAACCAGAACUUGUUCUAUGUCAACUUCUCGAUCGGCGACCCGCCGGUGCCGCAGCUUGCCGUCAUGGACACCGGCAGCAGCUUCUCGUGGGUGAAGUGCCUGCCUUGCAAUCUCUGCUCCUCGCCGUCGCCGGGAUCUGAGGCCACGUUCUUCGACCCGUCAAUGUCCAGGACUUACACGCCACGGCCGUGUACCAAAGCGUGCAGGCGGUGCACAACAGGAACGGGACCCAGUAACUGCAUGUACGCAAUUGACUAUCUCAGCGGCCAUUCCUCCUCUGGAGUCUACUCCACCGACCAGCUGACCUUCCGCACCUCCGACGACGGCGUCACCACCGUCCCCGACGUCCAGUUCGGCUGCUGCCACAACCUCACCGGAAUCAAGAAGCUCGACCAGCACGCCACCGGAAUCCUAGCACUGAGCGGGAAACGAAGCUUGCCUUUUGAAGAGACGCCUCUUGUCAUCAAACUGGGUUCACUUUUCUCGUACUGCAUCGGCAGCAUCUUCGACCGCUCUUACCCUUACAACCGCCUGUCCAUCGGCGCCGGCGAUGCGGACUUGGCCGGCGACUCGACGCCCUUCAUCACCGACCACAUCGGCCAUUACUUUCUCCAACUUCAGAACAUCAGCUUGGGAGGCCAGGUACUCGACAUACCGAGCCAAGUGUUCACAAAGAUCUCGAAGCAGCAAGGAAUCACUCUGGACAGCGGAUCGGAGCUGAGCUUCCUGUACACCGACGCCUUCGACGUGGUGAAGUCGGAGGUGCAGAAGCUGGCUUCCUCGGUGCUAACCGAAGUUCCCGGCGGCAAGGGAGCGUACGAGCUCUGUUACAGAGGCUCUGUGAACGUAGAAGGGCAAGGGUUCCCGGUGUUGGGGCUGCACUUCGCCGACGACGCGGAUCUGGUGGUGGAUAAUACGGGUAUGUUCUAUCAGGUAGAGGAUGGUGUGUUCUGCUUGGCGGUUCUUAGGUCGAAUAGUGUUAGUAUCGUUGGGGUGAUGGCGCAACAGGGUUACAAUGUUGGGUAUGACUUGAAGGCGUCUAGGGUUUAUUUUCAGGACAUUGAUUGCCAGCUUUUGGAAGGGUAGUAGAUUGAACAUGACUACAUCUAUUUUUUUGUUUGCUCGAUAGUGCAAUUAUAUAUUUACUAGUCUGUGAUUGCGCUUUACCGCGAGCUAGCUGGUCGAUUCUUUUAUUGUUAUGGUUGUCUAUUGGAAUUUGAUUUUUUUAAUCGUGGCAUAUUAACGAUAGUAUUGUUUUAUUUUUUUUUAUUUGAGAAUAUUUUUUUUAAUCUGAUAUGUAUAUACAUAAUUGAAAAUUUCAAGUAUAAUUAUAAAAAGGAAAAGAUGAAAUACACUAAUUAGAAUAAU